GGCAGCCCCGAUCGAUGGGGGUUCCGGCUGCGGCGCGGCCGCGCCUUUUGGCGCUCGCGGCCCUGUUGGCGGCGGCCUUGCCUCCGGUGGCGCACGGCCUCUUCGAGGACGAGGUCGGGCAGUAUGAGUGGUCCCUCCACCAGAUUGGUAAGCCCACUGCCUUGGCCUAUUCCGCCGAGGCCCCGGAUCGCGUUUUUGUAGCCUCCGCGUCCGGUGUGGUGGCCUCCGUGCUGCUGAAAGACGGCACCAUGACCUGGCGCCGCAUCGCGUCGACCGGGGGCACGGUGCGCUUGCUGCGACCGGGGAGCCGGGCCAUCCUCAGCGUCACGGACUCCGGCCUCGUGCAGUCCUGGAAGGGCACCAGCGGGAACCUGACCUGGCAGCGCGGGUACCCGGACAGCGUGGUGGAGCUCGUCCUCUUGGGCACGGGCUCGAAGCAGCUGGCGGUCGUGCUCCGCGAGUCCGAGGUGGAGGCCCGGGGGAUGACCGGCAAGGCCGAGCUGCAGUGGUCGGUGCCGACCGCCGCGGCCACCGGCAAGGCGCGCAUCUGGACUGGGGCGCGGUCGCACAAGGACGAGAACAUCUGCGUCGUGGCCGCAGGCGCUGACGGCUCUGGACCUGUCGCUGUGGAGUUGGAGGGCGCCACCGGCAAGGUGCUCGGGAAGGCGGCGCUGCAGGCGGAUGGCCUGGUCCUGAAGCCUGGCACCUUCCAGGUGGUUGACUCAUAUCUCGUGAUCCUUCAGGACAACGACUUAUCUGUCUACUCGCUGUGCACGGGGAAAAUGGUUGGCGACAUCAAGGCCAAGUCGAAGACGGGCCCGCCCUUCCGGCUCCUGCCGUGGCAGCGCUCGCCCGGGGUCUUUGCCAUCACCGAUGGCAAGAACACCGUGAUCUGCAGCGUCGGGUCCAGCGGCCUGAAGCACCUGCGGGACUUCGAAGGCCUGGCGGUGGUCGGGCCC